GCGUGCCCAGGCGCGGGACGAGCUGCCUGCCGGGCGCUGACGCGGCGCCGGCCUCCGCGCUGCGCGCCCGCUCGUUCGCCCGCCCGCGGCGGAGGAUGCAGCCGCGCCGACGGCUCGCGCUCCGGGCCGGGCGCGCCGGGUGAACCGCGCGGCCGGAAGGGCCCCGCCUUCUCGGCACGGCGGCGGGGGCAGCUGGGCAGCCGGCUGGGCGCGCAAACUUUGCCCCCGCGUCUGCGGGAGCACAGGAGCCGGCGUGCGGCUUCAAGAUCGAGUAGGAGACAAAGUGACCCUCCCAAAUCCAUCUGCUCCAGCCGACAUUCUCAUUGGGAAUGGACCAUGGAAUGUUCUCUAGCUUUAUCAUGACCAAGAACCUCCUUCUCUUCUGUGUUUCCAUGAACUUAGCCAGUAACUUUGGCUUCUCACAAGUGCCAGCCGGCUCAGUGAGUGAUGAGACUAACGACAACAUCACCGUCUUCACACGGAUCCUGGACGGUCUCCUGGAUGGCUACGACAGCAGACUGCGGCCGGGGCUCCGAGGAGAGGCUCCAGGGCUCCAAGAAAUCACCCAGGUGAGGACGGACAUCUACGUCACCAGCUUCGGGCCCGUGUCGGACACGGAGAUGGAAUACACCAUCGACGUGUUCUUCCGGCAAAGCUGGAAGGACGAGCGGCUGCGCUUCAAGGGCCCCAUGCAGCGGCUGCCGCUCAACAACCUGCUGGCCAGCAAGAUCUGGACCCCGGACACCUUCUUCCACAAUGGCAAGAAGUCCAUCGCACACAACAUGACGACGCCCAACAAGCUGCUGCGACUGGAGGACGACGGCACGCUGCUCUACACCAUGCGCCUGACCAUCUCUGCGGAGUGCCCGAUGCAGCUGGAAGACUUUCCCAUGGAUGCCCACGCCUGCCCUCUGAAAUUCGGCAGCUAUGCAUACCCUAACUCUGAGGUCGUCUACGUGUGGACCAAUGGCACCACCAAGUCAGUGGUAGUGGCGGAAGACGGCUCCAGGCUGAACCAGUACCAUCUGAUGGGGCACACGGUGGGCACAGAGAAUAUCAGCACCAGCACGGGCGAGUACACCAUCAUGACGGCGCACUUCCACCUGAAGAGGAAGAUCGGGUACUUCGUCAUCCAGACCUACCUGCCCUGUAUCAUGACUGUCAUCCUGUCCCAGGUGUCCUUUUGGUUGAACCGAGAGUCCGUUCCGGCCAGGACUGUGUUUGGGGUCACCACAGUGCUGACUAUGACCACCCUCAGUAUCAGUGCCCGCAACUCCCUGCCCAAGGUGGCAUAUGCCACUGCUAUGGACUGGUUCAUCGCUGUGUGUUAUGCCUUCGUCUUCUCUGCGCUGAUUGAGUUUGCCACUGUCAACUACUUCACCAAAAGAGGCUGGGCCUGGGAUGGCAAGAAAGCCCAGGAAGCAGCCAAGAAUAAGAAAAAAGAGCGGGAACGCCUACUGAAUACGACCACCAAUGCUUAUAACACUGCGAGGUUGCCCCUCCCACCCAACAUCCCCAGGGAUCAGGUCUCUGCCGAAGCAGUCUUGGUCCCAGGGAAAGCCCCGGAAGAGAAAGCUGCAGAAAACAAAAAGACUUACAAUAGCAUCAGCAAGAUCGAUAAGAUGUCCCGUAUUGUGUUUCCAGUUUUGUUCGGCACUUUCAACUUGGUCUACUGGGCCACCUAUCUGAAUAGGGAGCCUGUGAUCAAGGGCGCUGGUUCACCAAAAUAACUCAGAGAGUCACCCACCAGCCAGAAGAUGCCCAGGCCACAGGGACCCUGGGACCUUCUCUACGUGGGCACUCUCUUUCAGGAAAUUUUUGCAUGUUCCAUAAUGUGUACCAAUAAUAUUGCCUUGAUGUUUCUAUAUAUAAGUGUCAGAAGUUUCAAAGAGGUCGCCUUGAUUCAAAAGGGUGGGGGUGGAGAGCAGAAAUCUUUCUAGAACAUGGCGAGAAAUAGAAACUCCCAGCCUUGAAUACCCAGGAUCUAUCUCACAGCGAUCGUUUACAAUCCAGAUAAGUCUAUUUUUAACAGUUCCAAGGGUUAUUGAACAACGGUUUUUAUACUUCCAAUGUCAUUUCAUAUAAAUUUUCCCAAUG